CAAAUGCUCAUGUACCCGUUAUUACAAAGAACCUUUUCGUCAUGAUUACCGUAUCCUUAUUACAGCCCCCUUACACUUUAAAGAAAACAAAUCUUGACUAGCAAAAUAAAUCUAGAAGGUCUGCGUCAUUGCGAAAGGGAGAAAAAACAUUGAUUUAGUUUUGCACUUUCACUAAAAAUAUCAUGCUUUUUCCCUAGAACUUGCUUCAACCUCAACUCUAAAAAUCCAGGCACCGCCAGUUGUCGUGGAUCAAUAUUUUCCUUCCAUUUUACCAUCCCAUCUGGCAUAUUCUACUGGCAUUUUGCAUCAUUUGCUUGCUUGUCGAGGUACAGAACGGUCGAGAUGUUUUCAUACGUGUGCAUCCUUCUUUCCUGUUUCACCAUUGCUGUCAUUGCUGAAGAUAAUGGCGCCUUCUUCUUCCAGUAUGAGAGUUCAGCAGAGUUUACCGACUCGACGAUUGUUAAUCUAAAUGUGGAUAAACCGAUCUCUUUGACCAAUCCCUUCAAGACCAACGGGAAGAACUACAGCACAAUAUUUGUAUCUGGUACUGCUGGGUAUAUUUUCACUGACUCAGCAUUCAUUGAUAUCCUCUGUAGGUCUCAAGGCGAUAUCAUCGGCGAUGUCUAUUUCAGGUGCUGUAUCACAUUUGUACUUGAUUAGAUCUUAUUGGCCAUGUAGAGUCGAUGUUAAUUUCUACUUAAAACUUUCGCUGUAUGCUAACAAUGAAGUCGUUGUUCGAAAUAAUAUUUGUUCAUCAAAGAUGCAGGAAGAAAUGGGGAAAAGCAUGGAUAUGCAGAGCGGUUAAAAGAGAUUCAGAUAGAUUAUUUGAGAGAGAGAGAGAAAGAAAGAGAUACAGGGGGAGGAGGGGGACUAGACAUUCACACAUACCCUUACAAAAAAA